AAACUUCAGUCAGCAGCCCACCCACCGACCGCCGCCACAGUCCAACGCUGAUCGUCGUUCGUGUUGUGCGUCGUCGUUGUGUCAGUUCAAGUGCACUUCUGGCCGCUGGUUGUGUUCGCCACCAGCCAGUCAUCAUCAUCAAAAAAUCCGGUAUCGUCGCGCUGCGGUGUUGAGUCCGUGUGAAAGAAGAGAGUGCGAUUUGCUGCUGCUGCAUCAGUUAUUAGCAAUAAUUUUCUCGUUUUAAACCGAUCCAAUCUAAUAUCCGUAUACAGCAAUUAAAGUAAAUUCGAUAAGCGGGGGCGCGCGUUUGCAUUCCUCUUCCAACGUUUCAUUAUCGGAUAUACCUAUUUUUGUGCGUAGUGGAUCAUUACAGGCGAGGAGAGAGUGAUUAAAUCAAGCCCCGCGGAGUUCGAGCGAAAACAACACACCAUCAGAAAAUCGAUUCCAUUGUGCUCUGCUUGCUGCUGCUAGUGCUGUCUGCUUUGCUUUGUAUACCCCCUUGCGUAGUGCCAGCAGCCAGCCCCAUCAGAACCCGUCGCCGAUGAUUUGCUGACAAACGCAGUCUUGUUGAGCUUACACACUGCCGCCGUAGUGGGGACUACGUGAUACGUCUUGGUGUUUUAUUAUUUUUGUGUUUGCUUGCUUGCCGGAAGUCUACAACUGCGCUUGCUGUUGGUGCUGCUGGCUUGUGAGUAGAGCUGGAAUUGCAGUUCCGCAGUGGAUUACCGAAAGCAGCCAUAGAAGCUGGACAAUCUCAGGAGAACGGGCAGCGGCAAGAUGUCGACCGAUUCCGGAAAGACGUUUUCCAACGUGGAAACCUCGGGUUACGUGGGUUUCGCCAACUUACCCAACCAGGUGCAUCGUAAAUCGGUCAAGAAGGGUUUCGAGUUCACACUGAUGGUGGUCGGUGAAUCGGGGCUGGGUAAGUCAACUCUGGUGAACAGUUUGUUCCUCAGUGAUUUGUAUCCGGAGCGGGUGGUUCCGGAUGCGGUGGAGAAACAGCACCAGACUGUGAAGCUGGACGCUUCUACGGUGGAGAUUGAGGAACGAGGAGUAAAGCUUCGUCUGACGGUGGUCGAUACGCCCGGGUUUGGCGAUGCCAUCGAUAACAGUGACAGUUUCAGUGCCAUCCUGGAGUAUAUCGACGAACAGUACGAGAGAUUUCUGAGAGACGAGAGUGGACUCAACCGAAGGAACAUUGUGGACAACAGGAUACACUGCUGUUUCUACUUCAUUUCGCCGUUUGGUCAUGGAUUGAAACCACUGGACAUUGAGUUCAUGAAGAAGCUCCACUGCAAGGUCAACAUCGUCCCGGUGAUCGCCAAAGCCGACGUUCUGACCAAAAAGGAAAUCCAACGCCUGAAGUGCCGCAUUAUGCAGGAGAUCGAAGACAACGGGAUCAAAAUCUACCCACUGCCAGAUUGUGAUAGCGACGAGGAUGAAGAUUACAAGGAACAGGUGCGACAACUGAAGGAGGCAGUUCCGUUUGCCGUGUGUGGUUCUACAACCCUGCUGGAGGUCAAGGGCCGCAAGGUUCGGGGUCGUCUGUAUCCGUGGGGUGUGGUUGAGGUGGAAAAUCCUGAACAUUGUGACUUUAUCAAGCUGAGAACGAUGUUGAUCACUCACAUGCAGGACCUGCAGGAGGUAACCCAAGAGGUGCACUAUGAGAACUACCGCUCGGAGAGAUUGGCCAAAUCGGUGCGUAAAAACACUAACCCAAUUAUCAAGGACGAGAAUGGAACGACGGGUGAGGUACUAUCCGACAAGGAUCGUAUCCUGCGCGAAAAGGAAGAGGAAAUCCGUCGGAUGCAGGAAAAGCUUGCCCAGAUGCAGGCUAAGAUCCAGGCGCAAAAAUAAAGCUUACAGCGAGCAAAGUGACAAUGGAUGCGGGAAAUUUUAAUCUAGAUCCUUCGGAGGAGGUGUGUGUUUUGGUUGAGGCGUACAACAGUGUGUGACGAUGCUGAACUCCCAGGUAAAGACUUAUAGUUUUGUUUAACAUGUACAAUACAUUAUUCAAAAACAAAAAAUGUACUCGAUUAGGAUCUCACAAGAAGGUCAUGGUCCAAAUUCUAGUCGAUUUUUUUAUGAUUGAGAGUUGCAUCAAAUCAUGCAUUGCAUCAAAUGUUUUAUUUCAAAAGAAUAUGCUUUGGUAACAUCCAUGCCUUCUUUUUUAAAGAUACUAAUUUCCUUUAACAGUUCCAAAACAAGAUAUUUCACUCAGGAAACUCAGGAAAUUUUUCAAGGUUUUCAAAAACUAGAAAAGGUCAUCGUUGGAUUCGUCAAAUAUAGUAUGCAUAAAUUUCUGAAAGAUUUUUUAUCUAGAGUUUCCGUAAAAACUAUUUUAAAGUUAUCAGAGAAACUCUAGUGAUUCUACUACUGUAAAAUCUGAAAAGCCACAAUUCUUGCUGAAAUGUCUUGCAACGUCACCAGAAUCAAUUUUGGCAAUUUUGGAGGCAAUUGUUUGAAUCAACGGGAGAACAACGCAAUUGAUUUAAUGCGACAAUUUAUCGUUUUAAAAAUACUGUAAUUUGAACCAUUGGUUUCUAGCAGCCCAGCAAAAACUCUAGAAACUCUAGAAAACCAGCUCCAUUAAACGUCCACACGUCUGCGCGCACAGCUCCCAUAUUUGUAGAAUCUUUGCAAACCAGUAGGUGAUGUGGAUUAACAUUUUUACUGUUGUCAUUUUUGCCAAAAAGUACCGAUAUAGCAUGACACAAAACUCAAACAUACCACACAAUUUGAAAACGCUCAUCGUCUUUUCUCAGAUAUUACACAAACACAUCGUCGUAGUCCUUCGAUUGUGCAUUCCUGUUUUUGUCACUUCCCAUUUUUGUCCGACAACCAUCAACGAAAGUAUAAUAAGUACAAAAUCCGUCGAGCACAACUCUAUCCUACGUCAAGAAACAAAAAAAGGUCGCUGUUUAUGUGUCUCCCCCAUCCGGAUGGGCAGCAGCUUGUGGAAACAAGAAAAAAAUUGUUUUAGUCAGCUUUGAGUGCCAUCACCAUCGAAAAGAGAACGCUAAAUCUUUGUCUUGUUUAUACGCCCUAGAACCUACUAGAAUCUCAUGAUAGCAAUCGUGGAUAAAAUAUCGACCAAAUCCAUAACAGAACGCUGACUUUCAAUGGUAUCGACUCUCUAUUGAAAAUCUGAAAAAGGAAACACUCGAAAUACCCUGUGUAGUGUUUACUAUAAAUAUAUGCUUCCUAGUGUAGUUUUUGGUUUAUGCGUUUAAAAUUAAAGUUAAAAAAUAAUCUACGCGCGAUUACCGCGAGCAAUAAGCAAACGGGAGGAAAUCAUCAGAUAGGAGAUUUUAUUUUUCGAUAGCUUUUUACAUGUAUCGAGAACACGACACGACCCGGCAUAUGUGGAAUUUGCAAAGUAAGUUGCGUCAAAGAUUGUAGUAUUGUUUUCCCCGUUCGUAGUAAUAAUCAAACAGUGAACCCGAACUGGACCAGAUGACAACGUAUUGCACGCGUCGUUUAUAGGAUCGAAUCGAAUCAUCAUUAGUUGUUAGUGGUACUUAAAUUUGGAUAUUGAAAAUCUCUGUCAUUACGGUGUUCUGCCAGUUAUGACCAAAUAAACGAGUUUUGUUUCCAGUAACAUUACUUGCAUCAAUUAUUGUUUGUGUAGAGAAUAAAAUCAAGAAAUAAUACAUCGUUUUGCAAUAUUGCUAGACUUUCCGUAAUUAUGAAACUUUGUUCUGCAGAUAAUCGAAACGAGUCGGGUAAUUGAGCAGAUAAGCCUAGGAAUUAAAAUUGAAAAAAAAAGGAUAAGAAUAAAUAAACUCAGAACGCUGGAUUUAUUGAAUCAGUAUAUAUACACGUAUUGGUUUUCAUUAUUAUAACUUUUUUAUAUUCAACGAAACAAGCCAAUAUAAAUUAUAAUUUAA